GUUUAAACCACUGGGUUACUCUUCUUUUAGGGAAUACUGCUGCAAAGGAAGCGCGCGUUUUCUCAGCCUUGAUCUACUGAACACUUUUGCCAAAAUGCUCCUUUUGUUGUUGGGAAUCAUUGUGCUCCAUAUCUCGGUGCUUGUUCUUCUCUUCGUUUCUACAAUUGUCAGUCAAUGGCUCGUUGGGAACGGACACAGGGCAGACCUUUGGCUGAACUGCACCAUUCCUAUGACUCCAUUUCGUUGUACAACAUCAUCUGCAAAUGAAUGGCUGCAAUCUGUCCAAGCUUUGAUGAUACUUUCUGUCAUCUUCAGUGUUAAGUCUUUGUUCCUGUUCUUCUGCCAGCUCUUCACACUCACUAAAGGUGGACGAUUCUACCUUACUGGUAUUUUCCAGAUCCUUGCUGGCCUGUGCGUGAUGAGUGCUGCGGCCAUCUUCACUGUGAGGCACACAGACUGGCAUCCCUCCACAGACAACGCCUCCUUUGGCUUUGCCUACAUUCUGUCCUGGGUGGCUUUCCCGCUGGCUAUCCUUAGCGGGGUGAUCUAUGUCAUCUUGAGGAAACGCGAGUGAAAUGUCAAGGGAGGUCACUGAGACUAGAGCCCUCAGGACAAGAGGUGUUGGCAAGAUAGAAA